GAAAAAAAACAAACAAACAACAACCUCACACGACCUGAUCAUUAUAGCCUUUAAUAGUGUUCCUAUUAAAGUGACCGGUGAGUGUAACAUACAGUAGUGUCAGUAGAUCAGUUUGUUAGGUCAUGUGAUCAUAUGAAAUCUGUGAAAUCUAAACAACAGGAAGGAGAUUACUGCUGCAUGAGAGCGCUAAGAUUCACAGAACCGCAUUGAAGAGACAAUACACGCACACGCACACACACACAACACACGCACACGCGCGCGCGCGCGCACGCACGAGGACCGACAAACGCAUUACUGACAGAUAUCCACCGCGACAUGGCUGUUCAUCAGGAUUCACAUGUGAUGCUCGGAGACGCAGGGAGACGGCAUGGCUGGGAGAUGCUGGCUCGGUGCGGGCAGUGGUAGAACACCUUGGCUCUGGGUUCCCAGUCGCAUGCGCGCGCUGUGUGGGAGAGCCGCAGAGAUGGAAAUGGACGGAUGGUGAUGAUGCUGCUGCUCCUUUCAGUCCUCUAGGUUUUAUUUCAGACAAACCAAGGCGAUGGGACCUACACUGAGAAAACUUUCCAAGACACUUCCAGGACUGGACCGAAUGAAGAUUCAGAUGUGUUUAAUUCUUCAUAGCUACAUUUUGCUUUGUUACUGUUAAAAAUAAAAAGAGGCAAAGAGUUGGUCCGAAGCACCUGCUUUGCAAAACCCUUUCUGAAUGACUGCAAAACUUCCAGGCCAGAGUAUGCCAUCUGCACCUACACACAGGAUUCUGCGACCCCUCCUGCUUGGCACCUUCUUAUUGGGCUGUUUUGUGACACUGUUUUUGAUGUACAUCAAGCCGUCUACUAGCUGGUUAUCAGGCCCUGUUGAAUCAGAAACAUCCACGGCUCGAGUAAAGAGCCUCCUGUCGAACAGAAGCGAGCAGAACCAGACCACAGUGCUUGUCUGGCUUUGGCCAUUUGGGGAAACCUACGACCUGAACGUGUGCGGCUCCCUGUUCAGCAUCGACAACUGUUUUAUAACCGCCGACCACAACCUUUAUAACAAAUCCGAUGCAGUCGUCAUCCACCACAGGGACAUUAGCACCGAUCUGUCCAACAUGCCGCCAGCGUAUCGGCCUCCUCUGCAGAAAUGGAUCUGGAUGAACCUUGAGUCGCCAUCGCAUUCUUCCCAGUUACCCGGCAUCGAGAACCUGUUCAACCUGACCCUGAAUUACCGUCAGGACGCCGAUAUUGAGGUGCCUUAUGGCGCCAUUGUCGCUUCCCAAGGCGAGGAAGGUUUUGUGCCACCGAGCAAGAACAAGCUGAUCUGCUGGAUCGUGAGCAACUGGAACCCGGAUCAUGUGCGAGUGAAGUACUACAAUGAACUGUACAAGCACGUGGAGAUCCACGCCUACGGCCAAGCGUUUGGCGAGUACAUAUCGGACCAGGACUACUUCCCUACCAUCGCCAGCUGCAAAUUCUACUUGGCGUUUGAGAACUCGAUUCACAAGGACUACAUCACGGAGAAACUGUACAACCCGCUCUCAGUUGGCACGGUGCCAGUAGUUUUAGGCCCACCGAGGGAGAAUUAUCAGAAUUUCGUAGAGGGCGAUGCUUUCAUCCACGUGGACGACUUCUCCUCUCCCAAAGAGCUGGCUGAUUAUCUUUUACUUCUGGACAAGAACGAGGAACUUUACUUGAGGUAUUUUGACUGGCGUAAACACUUUAAGGUAAAGAAAGCCUAUUUCUGGGCUGAACAUACUUGUCUCGCGUGUGAUUAUGUCAGAAGACACAAUGAGUACAAGGCGUUUAAUAAUCUCGACAAAUGGUACUGGGGUUAAUCUGGAUUUGUGCUGAUUGGUUGACUGGAUGGCACUGAUAUAAGAGGUUGCUACCAUAUUUUCCAGGCUAUAAGAUACAUUUUUAGCCCUUUAUGAGGUAAGACAAAUACAACAAACUGCCGUGCAUGCUAUCAUUUUUGUAUGUACCCAAUUCUGAACGUUUCGAAGGUAGACCUGCUGUUCCAGCUUUUCUUUAGGAAAACAUUGCAUUCCCAGUGUUCGCUUUAGAGUUAGCAUAACAGUGAAAAUCGUUGUAAGGACGGACAUAAGGAUGUUUUACUCUGUGAGAUUUUCAUCACUGGUAAUCAGGGGUGUCUAUACCAGGCUAUUACCAGGUCGUUCGUGUAUUUUUGUUUGUUUGUUUGUUUUUUUUUGUUUUUUUAAUCAUACAUAUCAAAGUUGUCUGGUGGAAGAACUGGUUCAACAACCAGAACUUUACAUAUUUUAGCAAAACGAAUGAAUCAUUUGGUGUGAUUGUUUAAGCGAAAUGGACUUUAGGGCAUGUUACUUAAUCCCACUGCCUGCUGCACUACACUCAUCAGCUGUGGUGUGAUAAUAAACGGCUGCCUUGCGGUUAAACAUAUCACGAGACUAGCUGAGACUAGACUAGAGACUCGAAUGACUUUUACAUGCAAUGGGAGGUGAAAAAAAAAUCACAGCUCAUAGCCGAAACGUUGGCCGGUGACUUGCUGACAUUUUGUCAAGAGCGCAAACACAAUCUGCUACAUUUUCUGGGAAACCAAACCAUAGGACUAGGCAGCAAACUGGAGUGUCCAAUAACAGACAUAUCCUUUGUCCACUGAGGACUUAGUGGUUACACAUUUUGCUUCGCACCUCGGGGGUCAGGAGUUCAAAUCCCGCCUUUUUUCUGCAUGUUCUUCGGGGGUUCAGGUUUACUCCCCCCGGUCCAAAGACAUGCGUUGUAGACUGACCGGCAUUUCCAAAUUUUCUGUAGUGUGCGAUUGUGCCCUGCGCUGAUUUGGCACCCCAUCCAGGAUGUCUCCUACCUUGUGCCCUGAGUUCCCUGGGAUAGGCUCCAGACUCCCCCCGCAACCCUGUGUAGGAUAAUCGGUACGGAAGAUUAAAUGGAUAGGACGGACGGAGCUUUUGUGCUUUUGCUGUUACCAACUGUGAACGAAUUGCUUAUGACACGCUCCGAUUUAGUGACAUUGUGACCAAAGACAGACAAGUUCCGGCAAUGCCAUGAAUUUUGGACCAAAGUCUCCGAAUGUCGUCACGGUGUUGCAUCGCAGGCGUCAUAUUGUGAGGGAACAAUAAUCAUAUAAUAUGACUCUAAGCACGGAUAUCACACAGUCUGCCACAUUUUAUUGGCCUCACGUACCAUGUUGUACCAUGUGACACACAAUAAACCUAUAAAACCUUAGUGCACAGUCUAAAGCAGACUUUAGAGACAUUUUUAAGCAUUACAGUGGGAUUAAGAUCAGAGCUAAAGCAAAACAGCUCAGAUAGAAUAUAUAUAUAUAUUUGAACUAGAGCGACACGAAACCACUAAACUUGUCCGAUACGAGUUCCGCAUACAAUUAAAUCGCUUUAGUAUUUUACUUUUGCGUACACGGUGAAGCCUACAGAAUUUUAGAGAAGAGUCUCAUACAUAAGCGGAACUUAUCAUCUGGAAAAUAUGGUAAAUCAAUGCGAACGAGGAACGUGUGCGUCAUGUGCUUGGACUGCUCCGGUUUAUUUUUGUAAAAUGAAGCGGGAUAUUAAUUUAUUUUGAUAGUCAUGCUGAGCACUUUCCAUAUUUAUUCAUUUGACUGCAGAGAGCAUAUUUUAUAAUGUGAUAACCUUUGUGACUGUUUUGUUUUCUCAAUGCCUUAUUUAUCAGGUUUCACAUUUGUCGAUGGUGAUUUAAAAAAAAAAAAAAAAAAAAAAACACGGGAAAAAAAACAACCAAACAACGGUCAUUCCACGUUUACAUCCAACUGACUCGAUCGUAAACGACUCCAACAGAGAAAAUAAGUGUUGAAUAGAAAAUAUCUGUGUAUUAUUUAUUCCACUAUGAUAUAGCGUAUGUGUGGUGUUUGUCAAGUAUGCAGUGUUUACAGAUCUGGGAAUUGUGUAUGUGUUGUCCAUUGCUGUAACUAGUGCAAUGUCUGAAUUAGACUUUUCUUUUAAAAAAAAAAAAAAUGUUUAUUUUGGUCAUAAUUUUCUUUGGAUGGUACUGGCACGGUCAUGAACGGCUCAUGACCUUGCUAAAGCAUCAGCGCACUGUUAUUCAUUCGUAAUCGGCCACGACGUGUGCUUUCAUCACCAGCACCAGUGCUAUACUCUCAUAUCGAUAUACGUCGAAACACACCGUCAAACGUCAGAAAUAUCAUCUGUUGAAAACGUUUCUUUGGUUAAUUAGGAGUGUUUGGAAACUUAACAGCGUGAUAAGCAGAGAACACACCGUAAGAUCACAGUUUUACUGACAUACUACGUACUAGGGCUGCAUCAAUACUGAUUCCGGCACUUCUGAUUCCGUACUUAGAGUAUAAAAAGUGCUCUGAUAGGCUACCGGCAUCCGAUAGCCGGUGAUGCUACGUGACUUAAGCCUAGCGCGUGUAGUUGCGCUAAACGACAAGCAAUACCGUAGUUCACGAUUAAUGAUCUAAACAAAGCAGACUGCGAUCUGUGCUCUGUGAAAAUAUCGAGAGGUGAAACCACAGCAUCUUCCUACUAUACAACUAACCUGAUAGAACAUCUUAAACAUGAAAAUAAGCACAACGAUCUUGUCGCGAGUGGCACACGGCGACACCUUACACUGCAGCAAAUGGUAGCUAGGGCAAUAAAAAAUGUCUACACAAAAAUAAAAUGUAAAAAAUCCCACUUGAAGCAAAACAACAAAGCAUUUACAGCGGCAGAGCUUUUUUCAGAAGUGAAACGACACCGUCUGUUCUUCACUGCAAUCCCACUCGAGCUUAAGUUUCCAACGUAGCUAGCUAAUUCGCGUGAUGUUAGCUAGCUACGAUUUUACUUCAUCAAUAAGCAGCUAGCGAACGUCAUAAAGUGCAAGUGUAGCAGCUUGAGUGCAGGAAUAUGCACAUGUACGCCUUUCAUGGUGAAUAUGUAAAGCAGGGGAAACAAAAACGGAGCUAAAUUACAUGUCCUGUGAUGUCCCUGAUUGAGUAAUACUAAGUCAGGACAACAUUAAAUACCGUCUAAAGGUGACAUCUUUGCUUUUGGCGUUAAUUGUGAUAUGUGUACGUGUUUUGCAGAUGGCUGUUCAUAUUUCUCACGGAUCGGUUGCUGUCCACAUAAAUUAACACUACGUCUAAAUAUCAACGCCGGGGGUUGAGCAGCUGCCGUGACGCAAACUACGAACUAAUUUGGCUUCAACGCCUACGCACGUACCAACCUAGCGUCUUUAUUCCUUUCUUUCCGUUUCGUCACGUGAGCUUCGUCAGUCCACUCCGUGAACACUGAGCAGCAAAUCACAAUACAGCAAAGAUCCGUAUCUGAUGUUAUGGUGACGGCGAAAAACACCGAUCCGUCAGAACAAAAAGCAUUUAUUUCGCGAGCGUCAAGAUCAACGCACGCUGAAAAAGAAAUCGGUUUAUUGACCUGUUGACUAAUAGUGACAGAUUUCAGUUAUAUCGUUCUAUGUUUUCUCUGAUAAAAAUGAAGCACUAUAUUAUUACUUAGCAUCAAAAUUUAGCAAAGGCUAAAUGCAGCAAGUGUUGCCAAACUGUAUGCACUGGAAUAGCGUAACAUUUUUUGUAGCAUUUUAGCAUUUAGCAUUUUUUUCCUUCACUUUAUACGAUCGCAGCCCUCCAUUAUCGCUGUCCUGAUUUCAAUGCUGUGCUAUUUUUUUUUAUAUUUUUAAAAAAAUAUGAAAUCAAGAGCACAAGUCCAUUAUGCAAAUGUAUGCAUGCGUGUCGGAUCGCGCACUACUCAUACACAUUCGUAAGAGUUUAUGAUACGAGGCCCUGUUAUUUGGGGGACAUUCAUAAGACAGUUCAUGGACUUCUAUUGUAGAUAUUGUUCUUAUGAAGAGAGAAAUGUCGUUCUCUACUGCUCUAUUCAUAAACACUAGCUUAGCGAAUGUGUUCAGUGCCAAAGCUGUUCUCUUGAUUGUUUUUCUCUGAUCUGCUUUUACUGUGAAAGGCUAUUUUUGCAUAAGUGUAAUCUAACAAGUACUGUAUGAUACAUUUACAAAGGAAUAUCAUAUGAAUGCACGCACAUUACUGAAGCGCUCUGCUUUGUGUUCCUCUACUCAUUUCAGCUGACUGAUAAUGGGGGAUUCCACGAUUGUGGCAGCAUUUAGCCCUUUUCAACAUUGGAACUAACAAAACAUGCAUUUAACGAUUAAAAAAGAAAUGUGUUAACGGAUAAAUCCUGUUUUUUUUAGAAUCGGCAAAAUGACUAAAUGCGGUUAACUAGCAUCCAGGAAUGCUUUGCUUAAUUUUCUUUCAAUUAAUGAUUUAAUUUCAGUCUCUGAUUCGGGUUAGACGAUUUGUACUUUUCAAAGCAACUGCAGCAGUCAGUAUCGCAAUAUCAUUAAAAAAAAAAUAAAAAAAUCCAGAGAGAAGUAUGAGACUUACUUUUCUUCUUCUCGUGAUCUUCAGGAAACUCAGACGAAGACUUCCUGUUGAACACGUGACUUUUUGGAAUGUUCCAAACAUAGAUUUCAUAGAGGCGAAUGUGUUACAGGUAACACCGUUGGAUUAAACGAAAAUGUAAUAUUUUUCAUAAUCGAUAAUGGGUUAUUAAUGGAAAAGGAUGCUUUUUGAAGUAUUUUAAUUGUAGUUAUUGUGGGCUGGUGUAGGCAAAAAUAUAGUUUUGUUGUGCUGGGAUACACAAAUUAAAGUUUUGUUGGGCUGGGAUUGGGCAAAAAUGCUAUUUAUUGGAAUCAGGUAGGCCUUGAUACAGUUUUGUUGAACUGCGAUGGGGAAAAAAAAACUUUUUCGGGGGGUAGGAUAGGCAAAAAUACAGUUUUAUUAGGCUGGAAUGGGUAAAAAUGCAAUUUUUUAGGCUGGUGUAGGCAAAAAUACAGUUUUGUUGGGCUGGGAUGGGUUAAAAUACAGUUUUGUUGGGCUGGGAUGGGUAAAAAUGCUAUUUUUUGGGCUGGUGUAUGCAAAAAAUAUAGUUUUGUUGUGCUGGGAUACACAAAUUAAAGUUUUGUUGGGCUGGGAUUGGGCAAAAAUGCUAUUUAUUGGGCUGGGGUAGUCAUUAAUACAGUUUUGUUGAGCUGUGAUGGGAAAAUUAGGGGAGUAGGAUAGGCAAAAAUACAGUUUUAUUAGGCUGGAAUGGGUAAAAAUGCUAUUUUUUGGGCUGGUGUAGGCAAAAAUACAGUUUUGUUGGGCUGGGAUGGGUUAAAAUACAGUUUUGUUGGGCUGGGGGAUUCAAAAAUACAAUUUUGUUUGGUUGAGAUGUGUAUAAAUACAGUUUUGUUGGGCGGGGAGGGGCAAAAAUACGGUUUUGUAAGUUAUUUAUCUGAAACAUGCACACUGGAAGCUGUAAAGGACAUUUUACCCGUGUCUAAAUGUAAUACCCGUGGGACAUAAACAGCAGCCCAAUCAUGGAAUCACCCACACACAAAUCAAUCACAAGAGCCAGAUUUCCAGCACAGGCCAACAUUGAUGUACAGAGUUAGGACCCACAUUGUUUUGGAUGCUCAUUUUGUUCCAUAAACGCACUACGGUGUUCUGUUAUUGCCGUUUCUUUACUCUCCUCAAACUGAUGCUAGUUUAACAGUGCAGUUGCUUACGGUGUCUGUGUUGUGUCUGUAUUUUGUGAUCUAAUGUUGAUUCAAUGCAAGACCUUUUUUUUUGGAUAAAAGGUGUUACUUCAGACACACACACACACACACACACACACACACACACACACACACACACACAGUAGACACUGUAGACAGUGUACACAAUACAAAUGGACAACGUUUUCUGAUAAAUCUGUCAAAUUUGCUCACGGAGAAUCAGCUGUGAUCACACCAUGACGUGUGAGGAGCUUGAAACUGCAGCCGCUGGACGCUCUGAACACAAACAAAUGCACUGAACUAGACAAAAGUGGAGACGAAGCUUGACUGUGAAAGCUGAUGGGACAUCCUCCUCGAGCGAAACAAUAAUCGCGAGUGAAAUGUGAAUGGAUUCAGGACAGUCUUUAUUUAUUACUGCUCAGCUUUUCGUUGCCCCUGCGGCGCUUGAACACUGACUCGAAAGAGGCCCCGGAGGUGACGGGAACCGGAAUAAAAGAAAAACCCACAACAACUUUUAUAUAUCUGGUCUUGUGUUUAAAUACCAACUCUUUGUGAAAAAGGAUGUUAUUGCUUCUUCACUGGAUCGUCCUGCUUUUCUUUCUCUCUGAACUCUAUCUAGUUCUCUCUGUGAGGUCUUGGUUCCCUUUAACAAACUGUCUUUGCAUUCAGAGUGUGUUAUUUGUGUGUGUGUGUGUGUGUGUGUGUGUGUGUGUGUGUCCCCGACCGAGUGCCCAUGCUGCAUCAUAUAUCACAUACAGAGUGUUUCUCUAUGCAUUAUGCGUCUGACGUGUACGACUGGACGGAUUUUUUUCUGAACCUGAUCAUGGCAAGAAAUUUUACCAAAACAUUGUUUGCCAAAUGAUUUAGAUGUCUGAUGUCUGUUAGUGUCCUGAAAAUAAAUCGUCUGAUUUAAAUGACAUCUGUGUUACAUGGUAUUUAGUGUAAAAUACAUCCUGAAUGCUGAUGGGAUUAAGGACUAGAUAUGAGUAAACGUGCAAAAGUUCACACAACUCGGAUUUUAAAUCAUCUAUUCACAAAAAUAUAUAACGAGUUCAGCAUGCACGGGGAGGAUUUAAAAACAGAAUUGCAUGCGCUCAAACCUUAAGACAUAGCAGAGUUAAGCGCUAUUCAGAAAUGAUGCGAGAGGUACACACGUGGGGUGGAGUUUGUGUAAAACGGAGGCGUGUCUUGUGAUUCUCGCUAACGUAAGAGCAUUUUUCUGGCUCAGUAUCGGCUCUGGUGAGUCCGGGACCAUUGUCUGACAGUUUUAUGUAACCACGAUAAAUCAUGCUGAGGUUUAGGUUUCGGCCUGUAAAUAUGAGGGCAAUAUUGAUUACAUAAAUUUGACACUUCAUCAAUUAAUAGUAUUAAAACUGGGAUAAAAUAGCCGACUUCCAGUGUAAAAAUGAUGAUCUCUUGACGUCGAUUUAGCACUACGUUAAAUUUUGCGCACAAUUAACUGUCAGUACACGAUAUAUAAAGUAAAAAAAUUCAAAAUAAAACACUAAAUAUAAUUUUUGUGUGUGGAAGCCAUUUUUGUUCAAUUAAACCACGUGUGUAUAGAAUAAUGUGAUAAUUAGGGGGCGCCAUAUUGUUACUCUAUCUUUUUCUUCUUCUUAUGGCUAGGUUGUCUAUGGCAGCCCAUAGAACCAUUUGGUAAAAAGUUGUGAAAUUUGGCACACUGAUUGGGCGGGGUCUAAGGAAUAUUCUGACCAAAUUUGGGCCAAGGACUGCGAACGCUUUAGCACCACCAUUGGGUCAAAUUUGGGCCUAAUUUGGAAGUACGUUUAUGGUCAUAACUUACGAACCAUCUGUCCAGAAUUUAAAAGCCAGGCAUCCGCGGAUUCCCUGAGCUGAGAUGCUUAAUUAGAUUUUCCACCGUCUUGGAUUCUAUUCCUUCGUUACUCCUCCGACAAAUUUUGUCCGAUCAUUACCAAAUUUGGCAAACCUUAUUUCAGAGUAAGCCUCGGAAACGUUUACAGAAGAAUUUUGAAUCCUCCAAAUGGUUUGUCCGUAAAGGGUCGACGAAUCUCACGGCGACGCUUCCAAACAGAAAGUGAGGCUGUAUCCCAGGAAGAACUUCAAGUUCUUCAGGACCAUGACCUGAGCCUAGGCAACGAGUUUCCUGACAGCGCCGCUUACUGGUCAAAAGUUACGUUGGAAUUAAUACGCUUCCAUCCGUGUUCCAUUUUUGCUAAUCGUCCAAAAUUUGUCCAACCAGACGUGGCUCACAUCAUCGUGAGACCUGUCUAAACAACUGUCUACUGCCAUUCUAGCCAUUCAGUGCGCUAUCUUACAGACAACACAUGACUGAGUGGGUUUAAUAUCAAGUAGCAUUUUUACAGAGUAAUUUUUAAUGAAAAAAACAAACAAACAAAAACAAUAUAAGACAGAUAAAAAGGCCCAGACUGAUGUUUUUAAAUUGCAAGCAGAAAAAAAAUCCCGCUACACACGUCCCCGUGUAAGGUGUUACUGUAGAAAUGAUCAUAUAUUAGAAUUCAGCAUCACCGUGGUAUAAACUUUCAGAAAUUGCCCACUUUACCUCGCUGA